CCUUGCGCUAUCAAUGAGGGUAAAAAACUCAGAUUGCACACCGGUGUUCGCGUGACCGACAGUUGGGCGCAAACUCAAUCGUUCCGUUGUUGGGGAAGAGUGUAGGCCGAUAAAUCCAGCUCGGAGUUUCAGGAGUCGUUCAAAGCCUUCCACCCACCCGUCCACCACUAUUGCACUCGACUUUGAGUACAUUGGGCUGCUCGGGGAGCCUUCGAGAUCACAUGCGCUGUUCACAGCGUGCACACGGCACUUCACUAGCAUCGCACAUGGACUAGGGCUUUAGGAAUGAGGAGCCCAAUGCCAUCGAACAGAGAUAUAGAACUGGCAAGGGUCACGAAGGUCGCUGACGAAUUCUACACGAAUCCUGCCUUUGUGCGUGAUGAGACGGAAAGUUCUCAUACAUUUGAAGACCAAACGCCGAACACUAAACGAGAGACCACCGGCCAACUGGAAGAUGCACCGAGAUGGCGACGUUUCGUCAAGCCAGUUAUCAUCAUUGCGCUACUGCUUGCGUACAACUCUUACCUGGCUGCUGGGAUCGUGCUCACGUGGCACAAGACGAAGGACUAUUGCCACGACAUCAAAUUUCUCACGGUUGUGACCUGCCUUGUGUACGGCUACGCGUUGCUCAAAUUAUUAGAGCAUAUUUAUCGGCGACAUCUCAAGAAACCUCUCAAAGGCGCCGUCGACUGUCUCGGCUACCGAUGGCUCCAAAGUCAUUGGUAUUGGGUGAGGAUAGCCACAUGGGCAGCAUGUUGGAUCGCCGUCCUGGCUUUUCUCAUUUACGACUGCUUGGAGGAUGCCAGCAGGAUGAUCUCAGUGGCAGGAGCGCUCGUACUGAUCUUCCUAGGGUUUGUCUUUUCGAAGCACAGGAAACACGUGAACUGGUAUCAGGUCAUGUGGGGCAUGAUGCUGCAGUUCCUCCUGGGUCUCCUAGUGCUUCGCUGGAAGCCUGGCCGUGCCAUAUUCAUGUGCCUAGGUGACAAAGUGGCCCACUUCCUCGGCUACGCUUCAGCUGGUGCAAAUUUCGUCUUCGGACACUUGGCGACAGGGAUUGACCUGCAGCACGCCCUUGGUGUCGGCAUGCACCUUGGAAACAAUCUCACCGAGGAAGCGAACAAGACCGAAAUCUUGAAGAGUCAGCUAUUCUCCACGGCUGCAAGCGUAGCUCCAGUGUUUGUGUUCAGUGCACUCCCAGUCAUCUUCUACUUUAGCUUCAUCGUCAGCAUCCUCUACUACCUGGGUGCCAUGCAGUGGCUGGUGCUCAAGGUAGGGUGGCUGCUCCAAGUCACCGUUGGGACGACCGUCUGUGAAUCCAUGACCGCAGCUGCCAACAUCUUCCUCGGAAUGUCGGAGGCCCCACUGAUGAUCUAUCCAUUCUUGGCUGUCAUGACGAAAAGCGAAUUGCACACUGUGAUGACAGGUGGCUUUGCUACAAUCGCUGGAAGUGUCAUGGCCGCCUACAUUAGUAUGGGGGUGAGCGCCAGUCAUCUGCUUACGGCAUCCAUUAUGAGUGCCCCGGCUGCAUUGGCAUUCUCCAAGCUUCUCUACCCUGAAGUAGAAGACAGCAAGACGCAGAGUGAGAACAUCAAGCUGCCCAAAAGCGAAGAAACCAACGUCCUGGAAGCAGCUUGUAAUGGCACUAUCGUAGCGCUGACGGUCCUUGGUUUCAUUGUGGCCAACCUCAUCGGAUUCCUCGCGUUUCUUGCGUUCCUCAACGGGACGCUACUAUGGUUCGGGAACAUUGUCGACGUCGAGUUUCUCACGUUCGAGUGGGUGCUGGGCCAGGUGUUCCGGCCACUUGCUUAUAUAAUGGGCGUACCCUGGGUCGACUGUGGUCCCGUGGGGGAGCUGCUGGGUAUAAAAACAUUCGCCAACGAAUUCAUCGCUUACGCACAGCUUGCAAAGAUGAAAAGCCAACUACAGGAGCGUUCCGUUGUGAUAGCAACAUACGCGUUGUGUGGAUUCUCAAACGUGGGCUCCGUUGGAAUCGUCCUCGGCAGUCUAAGUGCCCUGUGCCCUGAACGGAAGGCUGACCUUUCGGCGAUUGCAGUGAGGGCAUUAUGUGCUGGAUCGGCGGCUUGCUUUAUAACAGCGUGUAUGGCAGGCAGUUUAAUAUCUUAGAGGAAGCCAACUACUACUGGACAUCAGGACAGUAUCAAGGUUGCCCAGCUGUGCGUGCGUCGUGCUGUGUUCAUGUAUCACGACUUCAAAACUGUGCAUCAAGCAGUGCGAACAGAAGUGGACAACUUUUAGACCCAGUUCGACCAAGACACUCCACCAAGAUUCGUGAAGACUGUGCAAUGAACGCCUCAUGGGUACAAACACAAGUGUACACGCCAAAAACGUCUUGCGCUAGUUUUGCCAAGAGUUUUACCUCAGGACCUUGCAAGGGUGACUUCGUACUUCGUGACUGCGAAAAUAUGUUCUAUAUCUCUGGGUGCGCUAUGCAUAAAUUGAUUGGAGUUCAACGGACCAUGAUGAUUGUACAGUAUCCAAGCACAUUACAAAUCAGUAUUUUUCUCUGUC